AUGGGCAAGAAUCGAUCUACUGAGGGCUCCAAGAAACGACGCCACACUCCAUCUGCCUCACCUGCUGAGAAGAAGUCCAGAAAAUCCGCAAAGAAAGUUCGCUCUACUGUUGUGGAAGUCUCUCCUGUUCCCGUCACCACAGAUCUGGACCCCAUCUCUACUCCUGUGGCUUCGCCAUCACCAAGUCUCAAGACAAGUGAUGUGCCUGACCCUGUUGACACCGGUGUGGCUGCUCUUGACGGUGAUAGCCUCUCUGCAACCCCACAAGAUGAUCUGCCUUCAGAUCCAGAGGUUACCCCCCGCAAUGUUGCGUUUCCAGUUCAACUCCGCCGCUCUAAUCGAAAACACGAAGGCCCAUCUGUCUCCACUCCUGCCUCCGUGUCUGAAGGUCAACAAUCCUCUUCUUCUGAACCUAUUCCUGAGGAUGACCCUCUGCGUUCUGAAUCCUCUGAUUCAUCUGUGGGGUCUCAACUCUCUGCUGGUAACUGCUUCUCAAACCUUUUUUAUUCCGCUCUUGCUAAAGAAAAUUGUGAUAGUAUGAGUAAGCGGGCGUGCUCUCCUGAGCGUGUUUUGUCUAGGGCUGUGUUAGCUUUGUCUGGGAUUUUCCGUCUUCUUAAAUCUCAAGGGUUGUUGGGCACUAUUGUGAGUGCACAACCUUUCGAAAGGCAUUUCCAAUUGGUUUCCCACUACUCACAAUGCUACUCUCAAUCCAACCCAAGCUGAGUUCUUAUGGUGCAUCACUCACGACCUCAAGAUCAAUAUUGGUGAACUGAUUUUCAAUCAGAUUGGUGCGUUAGCCAAUUCCCGAACCGAGCGUGAGCAUUUGCCAUUUCCUUCUCUGAUCUAUCAGCUUCUGAUCAAACAAGGCCUGCCCACUCGUGAUGCCACCCUGUUGGACCCUCCUGGCCGUCCAAUCACUAUCCACGGUAAGGUCCUCUCUGAACAUUUUGCUGAUCUGCCUCCUGUCGAUCCUUCUGUUGUUCAGACAGUCCCUCGUGCGAAGAAGGCUCCAAUUGUCUCUGCCUCUAUUCCGCCGCCGGUUGAUGUGGUCACCAAGGAUGAGCUCACUCGUUUUCAAGAGUCUAUCCAGGCUCAGCUAGCUCAAGGGUUUGCCUCUAUUCAGGAUCAGCUGCUUAGGACUUUGGCACAUUCUGGUCAGAAAGGGGGAGUAGCAACAACUCCAACUCCUGCGGCUUCCACCAA